AUGGAACAAACAGAUCCAUUAUUAUGGAAUCAUUUUCGAAAAAAUAUGGCAUGGCUUUUCGGUUAUACAGCAGUGAUAUUCGGUUAUGGUAUUUAUCAAGCAUUCGAUACAAAAAAUAUCAAAGCAUUUCAGACAUAUAUAUUGUUUACAAUUGAAACUAAGGAUAAUUUCAGUAUAGAAGAAUUAUAUGAAAAAAAUCCAAUGAAAUAUUCCCGAUCAACAGCAAUAUUUUUUAUCUAUCAAGAAUGUAAAAUUGGUUUAAAUUUAGCAAAUUUUCGUAAAUUAUUCAUUCAAAUACAAUGGUGUACGAUAAAUAUUAAUUUUAUCGGACACAUAAUCGUACUUUAUAUUGAAUUGAAUCCAAAUCAAUUUGAUUCACAUCCAUUAUGGCAUUAUUUACUAAGAUUUAUUUUUUUAAAUUUACAAAAAUCUUUUCCGUUCAUAUUAAUAUAUCAACGAUUGAUAAUAUUUACUGAAGAAUGUCAAAAAUAUUAUUCCAAACUAUUUCUAAUCGGUAUUAUGUGUACAAUAUUAUCAAGUCAGAUUAUAUGGAAAACUUUAAGAUUUAUACGUAAUGAUAAUUAUAUUAUAAUAAUAUUAUAUUAUUUAUUAGCCAUUGAUUAUAUAAUCAUUAUAAUAUUAUCAUUUACAGUAUCAUUAUUUAAUAAACAUUUAAAUUCUAUACGAUAUGAUCUACAACAAACAGUUCGGCUAAUGAAUUCAUCAUCAUCAUCAUCAUUUCGAAAUAAAUUUCAAAUGUUAAUGUAUUAUGAACGAUUAGUUCAACGUAGAAAAUUAUGGGGAGUUAAAAUUGGUGCCAUAACAAUUAUGACUACGGCAACAUUUUUCAAGUUAAUGUUAGCCAAUGCCAGAUUUACUAUGUUAUCAAAUAAAUUAUUCUGA